AUGACAGAUCCCCUAAAAACCUACGACUCCGGGGUCUCCUCCCCACCCCCGCCGGUCUCGAGCAAGACAUACCCGAUUGCGGGGAUCCUUACCACAGUCUUCGGCCUCGACGAGCUCCCCGCGGACGCCUCCGACGUCGCCUGUCUCUGGCUGCUACACCCGCGCCUCGCGACACAGGAGCGCAUGACCCCAAUUGCCUCCGCCGUCAUAUCCGACUGGAACAAGCGGCUCCGCGAAGGCCGCGCCGGCGGGCCCGUCAAGGGCCUGAUCGCAGUGGCAUUCGACCAGCGAAACCACGGCUCGCGACUCGUUGAUCCCCUCGGCAAUGAGGCCUGGCGACAGGGGAAUCCGCGGCAUGCGCAGGACAUGUUUGCCGUCUUUCAGGGCACCGCGCGUGACGUCUCCCUGCUGAUGGACUACCUGCCCUCGUACAUAUUCCCCAACUCGGAGCGCCGCAUUCCCGAACACCUCGUGCUGGGGGUCUCGCUGGGCGGACACGCAGCGUGGAGCUGCCUCCUGCACGAGCCGCGCGUGAGCGCCGGCGUCGUCAUUAUCGGCUGCCCCGACUACGUGAAUCUCAUGGUCGACCGGGCGCGCCUGUCCAAGAUCCCGUCCUGGACGAGCAGCGACCCGCCUGGCGCGCAGAUUCUCGGCUCCGAGGCCUUCCCGACCAGCCUGUUGGAGACCAUCCGCCGCUACGACCCGGCCAGCUACUUCCUCAGCCAUAUGGAGAUGGGCGCGGAUGCUGGGCCGAUCCGGUCGAAGGCUAUUCCGGAGCCGAGCGAGAAGGAGAAGCAGGCCCUGCGGCCUGUGUUGACGCGGUGUUUGGCGGGAAAGAGGAUUAUGAAUCUUUCGGGGGGUGUGGAUAAGCUGGUGCCGUAUCACAAGGGCGAGAUCUUUUUGACCUGGCUGAAGCAGGCUAUUGCGCCAGAUGGGUGUGACUCCGAAGAUGGUUGA